CUCUGCCUCCUCCCUUCCUCUCCUCCAUUGGCCGCUCUGCCUUGGUCCCCAAGCUCACUCCCGCCGCCUCCUCUCCCCUUCUCCCUCUCUUCAACCCCAAAACCUCAGCUCUUCUCCCACCUUGUCAAUAACGCCGUCACCGUUAAUGCCGGCGUCUGCUACUCCUUGAAGUUUCACUCUCUCUGGCUCCGCCGCCUCACCCCCAAGGUAGUUAGUUAAUGCGAAGAAGAUGAUGAUGGCGAAAACACAUAGGUUUGUGUCGUGGGAGGAGCGCAUUAUGUGUCACGACCGUGGUAACCGCGUGGUGUAUUAUUACAUGAAGAAGGCUUCAGGUGAACAUGUCCUUGCCGUUAUAGGCACCGAGAAGAGCAUACGUCACAUGCUGUAUGUUGUUUCCGAUGAGUUCCUCGACACUUGUGGCUCCAAUGGUUCCAUCAAUGCUCGUACCAGGUGGCGAGCCCGACGUGAAGUUGUGCUCUGGCUUGAUUCCUUGCUCUCCAAGCGCCGCCGCUCACAGCUUUCAAAUUCACCGAUGAAUGAAAGAAUGCAAUCUUUAACGCUUUAUGGAGUCGGUGCUUGUCAAACUGAUCAGAUGGUUCCAAGGAAACUGAAAGGUCAAAAUUCACAUAUUGACUGGUCUGGUGCUGCCUGGAUUUGUGGCAAGCAGCUGAAGCACUACCCAACAUUUUGUAAGGAUGGAAACACUGUUUCUGUCCAUUCCUUUGUCUACAUUAUGGCUAUAGAGAAACAGUACUACCUUGGUUAUGUUGAAGACAUGUAUGAAGACAGGAAAGGGAAGAAAAAAAUCAAAGUGCGUUGGUUUCACCACAGUAAGGAGGUGGAGGAUGUAAUCCCUGAUCUGAACCCACAUCCAAAAGAAGUUUUUAUCACACCUCAUGUACAGGUGAUUAGUGCUGAGUGUAUUGAUGGUCCUGCAGCAGUUUUAACUCCUAAGCAUUAUGAGACAUGUUUGGCUAAUAUUGCUCACAGUACUAUAUCUGGAGUCCAUAUGUGCUUUAGACAGCUUAAGAACCAUGAGCUUAGGCCCUUCAGUCUUGCUAAGUUGCAGGGGUAUUCUAAUCAGGCAAUCCUUUCUUCUUUACAUCUCCACCAAGUCUCCAAGAAAGUAGUCAAGUCUUAUAUGCUAUAUGAUAAAGAUGAGGAAGAGCCAACAUUUGGUGAUCCCCUGAGGGUGCAUUGUAAGAGAAAUAGAAGCUACGAGGAGCAUCAAGGACGUGUGCCUGGAUUUUUGGGUAUCAGAAACUUGCAUACACAAAGUCAGCCAAAAAACUGUGUUCCAACAUACCCAAAGUUGAAAAUAAAAUUAUUAAGGAAAUCAAUUGGAGUUGAGGUUGUUCAAUCUGUUCCCCGAUGUCCCGUGUCUUUUAAGGUUGAUGAGAAGAUAGAAUUGCUCUGUCAAGAUAGUGGCAUUCGAGGAUGCUGGUUUAGGUGCAAGGUUUUGCAGACAUCUCGGAAGCUUCUCAAAGUCCAAUAUGAUGAUGUGCAAGAUGUAGAUGAGUCUGGUAAUUUGGAGGAAUGGGUCCCUGCUUUUAGAGUUGCUGCUCCUGAUAAACUGGGCAUGAGAUGCUCAGGCCGCCUGACAAUUCGGCCCUGCUACCCCAAUGAUUCUGCCUUGUUUUCUAUUGCGGUUGGACUACCGGUUGAUGCAUGGUGGAGUGAUGGCUGGUGGGAAGGUGUUGUUGCUGGAGUUGAUGUCUCUGGAACUGCUGUACAAGUCUACUUCCCUGGUGAGGACAAGCUUCUGAGCUUCCAAAGACAGAAUAUUAGAGCUUCGAGAGACUGGGUUGACGACAGAUGGGUUGAUGUGAAGGGAAAGCCUGAUAUACUGUUACAUAUAUCUGAAGAUGUCAGAUGUAGCAAAAAAAUCAUGACACCUUAUGCUACUGCUAUGGCUGAGGGGUGUCUCUCCAAAGUUAAUACAUCUAAAUUUGAAGCUUUUGAAGAAAAACUACCAAAUUUAGUUCCACUGGGUCAUGAGUUGGAUAAUGAUGAUCCUAGAAAUGGCGGUACUUGCAACAAGGUUGAUUUUCUUUUCAGGGAAGAAGUUGAUCCUGCCAAUGAGAAAUGUGAAACGCCAGAUGCCAUGGAUGUGGCUGCUCAGGACUAAUUUGGAGAGUUUCUUACCUUGAUGACAGUGUCCUGGUUCUUGUAGAUAAAAGGAAAGUAUCGGGAUAGGAAUAUAAAAAGAAUGUUACUUGCAACCAUGAGAAUUGGCAGGUGUACGGCUAUAUAUAUCUGAAGAUUUUAUAUUUUGUGGGAUCAAGCUCAGAAGUAGAUGUAAGCAGAUGAUAGUAGCUUAGUUCAUUCUUAAGAGUUCAGUGGUUUGUACUUGUGCAGCUAGCAACUUUUGUCCUGGUAUAUUUCCCAGAUUUCAGAUGUAAUUGUACAGCCUAUAAUGUAAGUUUUAGUCUUCGAUGCU